AUGUUGGCAAAAAGUCUGCUUAUUGAUGAGUCUUCUGGAAUUAUUAAUGAUGGUGUAGUCAGAGACUUUGCCGCCCAAGGAAUCAGAACAACAGAUCCGAGAAUUAGAUAUUAUUUAUGGCAAUUUUUACUUCACUUGCUUCCAAAUGAUCGUUCGAAGUGGGAAUCAACAAUAAAAACACGAUUUGAACAGUAUUUCAAGUGGGUUAAGAUAUAUUUUCCUGAUACAUUUGACUGGCUCGAAAAAGAUUUUAGUAGCGAAAAGACUGUUAAAGAUUUUGGUCUCAAAAAUGAUAGUAUUAUGACACAAAUAUACGGCGACGUGAUUAGAAUGCCAAAUAAAGCUUUUAUUGAUUGCGGUAUCGCAAAAAAUGAAGAAGAAGUUUCUAUGUACGCAAAAAGAAUACAGCGAAUACUAUACUUAUUUUCAAAUCUCAAUUCUGCUUACUCAUAUACUCAAGGAUUUAACGAAAUUGUUUUACCAUUAUAUGAAAUAGUUCUUAAAGCAAAUCGCGUUCUAGGAGGUGACGAUGACUUAUCAGAGAGUAUAACAUUCUUUUUAUUCCAAAAUCUCGUAACAGGGACCGGACUCGGUGAUUUAUUCACAAUGGAACAAGAUUUCGAAUCAGUGAAUGGCAGAUUCAAAGUUAUUAACAAAAUGAUAUACUUCUACGAUAAAGAUUUGUAUACUUUAUUCAAUAAUCUCGAAAUUGAUCCAUUACAAUUUGCUUUCCCUUGGGUAACGCUUUUAUUCACACAGAUAUACACAGGAGAAAGUUUAUUCCAUAUUUGGGAUAAGUUUUUACUCAAAAAAGUGAAUGUUCUUGAAUAUGCUAUGGCAAUGGCUUCUGCUCACUUAAUUGAGGUGAAGUCAUGUUUAAUUGGUCAUAAUUUCAAUGAAAUAUUAGAAUUUCUUCAAAAUAUUCCUCCAUUAGACGUAACAACGAUUGCUGUGCUAGCUGAAGACGUUUGGACACAAUAUUGCAAUGGAAUCAAGUCUAAGUAA